GAGUUUAGAAAAGUGGCAAUAUUGUGCUUACUAGAUCUUUACUAGAUUGCAGGAAGAUUUGCGAAACUUAGCAGUAGUUUCCAUUGGAUUUUAUGUGUUAUUCGGGGAUUUAUAAUUUGUAAUAUCUACUUAUGGCUCAAAAAAGAUGUAGGAUGUGUCCUCAUAUUGGCAAUGAGCAUGUUCUCGAAAUAAAAAAGCUUGAAAAGGUGAAGUCAUGUGCGGAUUGUGAUUAUUCCGGGCCAAACUUAUGGAUCUGCCUCCAGCGCAAUUGCUUACGGGUGGGAUGCUCUGAACAGGCUAAUGACCACAGCACUGAACAUUUUCAGCUUAAUAACUGCCAUUGUCUUCACAUGAACAUGUCAUCGCAGCGUUUGUGGUGCUAUUUAUGUGAACGAGAAGUUUUCAUUGAUGUUAAGCCAACAUUGAUAGAGGACCCUUUCAUUGCUGCGAUUCGGUCUGCGGUGGCUUCACCUAGAGACGAAAAAGAUAGUGAAAGCAACGAAGAAAAUGAGAUUGAAGAUACAAAUACAAUUUCUUCGGGUUUGGUGGGAUUACAAAACAUCGCUAAUACUUGUUAUAUGAACUCAGCUCUGCAAGCCCUUAGUAACGUACAGCCCAUGACACAUUAUUUCCUGAACUGCAAUGAAUUGGUAGAGCACAUAGUUGAACAAAGUUCACAUCGCAAUAAAGUUGGACUGGCUAAAAGCUACCAGCGAUUAAUACAUGAUAUAUGGAGCAAAAAUGAUGUAGGAAAAGACUACAUUGCACCUCGAGGAAUACUAUAUGGUAUUCGGAGUGUUCACCCUAUGUUCCGUGGAUUUCAACAACACGAUACCCAAGAAUUUUUGCGUUGUUUUAUGGAUCAGUUACAUGAAGAGUUAAAAGAAAAUACCCCCGUUUUACCGAUAAUGCCUUGUAUUACCGCUGAGAUGGCAGAUUUCAAAAACUCCGAUGAGCAGUUUGAUACAGACUCUGUUUCGCAGUCUAGUUCUGUGUCAGACUCGGAGUAUGAAACAUGCGAUAGUAGUCUUUCUCAACAUUCAAAUCAAGUAAAAGAACAGCUGACUUCAUGUAGCACUGAACGAAACCGGAGAACGAGGAAAGCCCACUUAAGUUCUACACAGCCACACUCAGUAGUUCAUUCCAUUAUAAGUGAUAUAUUUGAUGGAAAGUUACUUUCUUCAGUGCAAUGCCUUACUUGUGAUCGAAUAUCAACACGAGAGGAAACAUUUCAAGAUCUUUCUUUACCAAUACCGAAUCGAGAUCAUUUAAAUAUGCUACAUCAAACUCAUAGCUUAAGUGCUCAAAGUCUUAAUUCGAUUGAAACAUUGGCACCAAGCAAUGCCGAUGGAUGGUUCUCUUGGUUUUGGAAAAUUUUUCGCGCUUGGCUAUGGGGCCCUUCAGUUACAUUAUAUGAUUGUAUGUCAAGUUUCUUUAGUGCGGAUGAACUUAAAGGUGACAAUAUGUACAGUUGUGAAAAAUGCAAUAAACUGAGGACUGGUAUUAAGUAUUCACAAAUUUUGGAACUACCAGAAGUUUUAUGUAUUCACUUAAAGCGGUUUCGACAUGAUUUGUCAUACAGUUCAAAAAUAUCUUCACCAGUACAUUUUCCGCUUGAAGGUUUUGAUAUGAGACCUUACUUGCAUAAAGAUUGCAAAUCUACUGUAACUGUGUACAAUUUGGUUUCUGUUAUUUGUCAUCACGGCACUGUAGGCGGUGGUCACUACACGUGCUUUGCUCGAAAUCCUGUAACGGAUCGUUGGUAUCAAUAUGACGAUCAACAUGUUAUAGAGGUAGCACCCAGUACCGUUCAAAUUUGUCAAGCUUAUGUUCUCUUUUAUCGAAAGCACAACCCUCAAAUGGAUUUAGUAAGAGCAAAAGCAAGCGAAAUUUCUGCACUGAAUCCGGUACAUACAGCCGAAAUACGUUUUUACGUUGCUCGUGAAUGGUUAUCUCGACUUAGUACAUUUGCAGAACCUGGACCAAUCAAUAAUUGGACAAUAUUGUGUUCUCACGGUGGACUUUUGCAGUCAAAAAUGGCAUUGAUAGAUCAAAUUGCAGUACCAAUAUCCCAGCCAUUAUGGGACUAUCUGUAUUGUACAUUUGGUGGUGGCCCAGCUAUAAACAUGCUGUUCGAAUGUGAAAUAUGCAAAAGAGCCGCCGAAUCUUUAAAAAGACGCCAAAUUUACGAAUUAUGCGUAUUCACAAAAUUUACUGGCAUGGAUACAGAACUUGAUUGUGGUGCCAUAUAUGCCAUCUCAAUGCCUUGGCUACGUAAAUGGCAACAAUUUGCCCGUGGUAUGACACAUAAAGAGCCAGGACCCAUUUCCAAUGCCAACAUUGCCCUGACAGAUGCCAGUCAUUCAUUGCCAGUGCGACAAGUACGCCCAGGAUCCGACUAUGCACAAGUGAACGCCCUCUUAUGGCGAUUCUUUUAUGGCAUUUAUGGAGGUGGGCCAGAGAUAAUGCUUCGGGAUUCAAUUACUGAUGAGAUUGAAAUAAUUGAUCAAGAUGAACAAUAUGACAGUGACAACUUUGAAGAUAAAGUAGACAUUUCGGAUACUGAGAGUAAUAUAGGUAAUAUGAAUAGUGUUGAGUUAAACGAAUCGAAAUCGAUGCAGGAAAACGGAGUUUUAAGUAAUAGAAGCUCCGAUGAUACUACUCGUUCCCCUACGCUACGUUUUUCUCAUGAAGAUGGUAAAGAAUGCAAACAUGUGAAACAUUUCGGGACCAAUGGCAAAAAAUUACGCCCACCAUUGCUUAGAAAUAGUCUUCGAAAAAAAUCAGCAAAAGGGCGAAAAGCCAUAAAGAAUGCAUUUGGGCCAACUGGUAAUUACAGUUUUCGAAAAAGUUUCGACACUGUAGAACAUGUUACGGAGGAGAUAGUGCAUUCCACGCAUGUUGACCUCGAAUCCGAUUUACAACAGAGCGCAUUUAUUAUAAAUCAAAAUCAAAAUCAAUCAUUCCCAACUGAAAGAAAGUCAAAAAAAUCGAAUUCAAAACACACUCAUGAAGGCAUAGGUUCUUAUUCUGAAGAUAUUGUGGCCAUACAUGCGGGGCAUAACAAAAAUAGAUCAAAAAGUAAAGAUGUUGUCACACUUCAAAAAUUUAUACAAUUGCCAGAAUUCAAUGAGUCCACCGAAACUGAUAUUUAAGAUUAUCUUUCAUGUAGUCAUAACAAAAGUAGUUGAGUUAAUUCUACUGGGCUAUAAAUCUAUGUAUUUUUAUAUUCGUAAGUGUUUUAUAUUUAUGUAAAUUUGUCUAUAUAUGUACAUAUGUACUUCAAUAAAAAUGUGUCGUUUAGGUAGAGGCUACUGUAUGCAGUGAUUCAA